ACACCUUCUUCCCCUGCCCGGUUCGCCUCGCACCAUCUUCAAACCCUGCCGGUCUCUCCGUCUCUUCCUUCCCAGAAUUCCGGUCUUUUGCAGGGGGUAAAGAAAGCAUAGUGCCUUGAUUUUUUGAGCUCACUGGGGCUGGAUUGUGAACCAAUUCGUGCUUGACUGGGUUUCUCAGUAGCUUGUGAUCUGGGUUUACGGUUGGGAGUCUGGGUGGCUAGUCUGCAAACAAUUCAUCAGGGAAAAUGUCCGAUGAGGCGAACAGAGCGGCCUUUAUGGAGAUUCAAGGGCGCAUGAUUGAGACUACUGGCAAAUUGAAACAGGUGCAGAACCAGAUUCGAAAUAAGGAAACAGAAAAGAAGCGUGCUUUUUUAACUUUGGAGGAGCUGGGACAGCUACCUGACAGUACCAACACAUACAAGGCUGCAGGGAGAACGUUUCUUUUAGAGCCUAAGUCAGUUUUAGUGAAUGAACAGCAGCAAAAGCUUAAAGAUAGUGAGACUGCAAUAUCUUCAUUACAGACUUCAAAGGAGUACCUAGAGAAGCAAAUGGCUGAUGUGGAGAACAACUUGAGGGAGCUCCUGCAGCAAGAUCCGAGUCUUGCUCAACAAAUCAUGUCCAUGUCUGUAAUGUAGAUAUAGGGCCUUGUUAACACUCGGAUGCAUCGACCACUCGUGUUCUGGUUUGGUGUAGCUUUGAAUGCUGUACCCUUAACUUGCAUUAUUGAGCUUAUGUUUGAUUUUCCUUUUGAAAGUUUCUGUUUCUAGCAUGAGUGCUCGCUCUGUACCGUGUUAAUUUUCUGAACAUCUUGCGCCUUUAGGCGACGAAUCUUCAAUGGCUUGCUAUUUCCUUGAAGUGGAAUAGCCUUUGGGAAAGUUAAAUUAAUGGUGCAAAUGUUCUUCA